AUGGUGGGGGUUGCGGUGCCCCAGGCACUUGAAAUGGCUAGCGACACCAAACUGAAGAAAACGAUAUCGGAAUCCGGUCUCACAAAGUAUGGACAGGAGUGCAAAAAGCUCCAGGUCGAAUCGGUCUUGAGUCUACUCCGAGGAAAGAACACAUUUAUUCUAGCGGCAACAGGUUUUGGAAAGUCAAGAAUUCCUGAGCUCUACCUCAACCUACUCACAAAGGACCGGCUAGGAAACAUCGCCGGUGUGAUCAUAGUAUUGAAUCCCUUGGACGCCCUUGGUGACAACCAAGUCGAAGAGAAAAUUCGGGCUGGAUUCUCAGCGAUUAAUGCAACGGCGGAAAACUUCGAUGCGACUGUGGCAAACAAUAUCCUAAAUGGAGUGUACAAUUUUGUAUACGUCAGCCCCGAAAUUUUCUUAGACAACAAACGAUUCAACAAUCUGUACCUCAGCCCUGCCUUUCAGCAGAAACUCGCCCUUGUUGUGGUUGAUGAGGCGCACAUGAUUUACUCAUGGGGCCUUGUUGAAGAUGGCGAACAUCACAUUAAAGCUCACGUACGACACUGCGACCGGGGUCCGUUUCGUCCGUCAUACGGAAAACUAAGUACUCAGCUGUUGACAAAGCAUAAGGCACCGCUGCUCUUAAUGUCAGCCACUUGUCGACCAGCAGCAAUUCGGAUCAUCCGUGUGCCGAUGUCUUAUCCUCUCAGCUCGUGUGAAGACUUGUUACAGUUGUAUUCAACCAAGGAAGAAACACCAGAUGAAUCUUUGGUUCCAUCUUUAGUCUACAGCGGAACUCAAAAUCUCACACUCAAGGUCAUGGAAGUUUUGAACAAGGCUCGAGGUACACCGGGGGAACACCUUAUUCCCAGAAGCAGUUUUUCCCGUCGGUUCCAUGCUGUGACAGGCGAGCUUGACAAGCAAGAAUGUCUCACCGAUUUUGCAAAUGGAAAAGUACCUCUUAUCUCGUGUACACUGGCUUUAGGCAUGGGUCAGAACUGGAAUUUAGUGCGACAGGUGGUCCACAUGGGACGGGGUGAUCCCUCUCUGAUUUGUCAGAUGAUCGGGAGGUGUGGUCGAGACGGCCGACCAGGAUUAGCUGUUCUUUUCAUGGAACCCAACCGAAAAGGUGGGAAAAAUCAUCUAGACGAUUUCGAGCUCGGAAUGAUCCAGUCCGACGAUGAUAGAAUGGAUGCGUUGGCACUCACCCCGGUCUGCCUGAGGAUAGCAUUCUCGGUUGAUAAUCGUAAGGGCUACAUACCCCUAUCGUUUGAUGAUCCUGAAUAUCGACUGGAAUUGGCUAGAGAAAUCAAGGAAGGGUUUGCUCCAUGCAUGUGUUCGAACUGCAUGGGACACAUGGCUCAGGUGUUGUUGCAGGAAAUUCCACGGUUGAAUCAAUUCAAUUUCACCGACUAUAACUUGAACAAAUGUGCACUGGUAGCUCAGGCACCAAUCCAACUGAAGCAAAAGUAUAAUGUAGCAAAAAGGCGGGAAACUAAAGAGCCGACACACGACAACAAGGCACUUGAAGUUCUCAAGGGACUAUUGCUCAAAGAUUUUGAGGAUUUUUUUUACAAAAGGUUGGGAUCGGGUGGAUCACUUAUCCCAAGUGACCUUUUUGGUGAUACUCAAGCAAAAGCCAUUGCCGAUGAAAUUCAAUAUAUCAAGAACGAGAACGAUCUCAGAAGUACCAUCCACGGCGAAGUUUUAGCUGGUCAGCUGACGAUGUUAUUGAACACGAUCAAUCGAUUCCGAGCAGACCCUACUUAUCAACCAAGCACACCAGCUCAGCUCGCUUCAAGUACAACAAACGAUACACUUAGAAAACGAUCACACGAAGGAGUUGAAGGACAAGUAGAAAAAAAAAGGAGGCAACCGCGAUGCUCUCUUGAAGUGAUGCGCGAGAAAGCUCAAGCGGCCGAGGAGCGCAAGCAGGCUCAAGCGGAAAAGAAAAGGAUACAAGAGAUUGAAAAAUUGAAGAAAGCAGCAAGGCGGCAGGCACAGGAUUUGAUUAGGUUUGAGGUGAAGCGAGAGAGGGGGAUGAUGUAG